AUGGCUAAGAUUGCUUGGGAGACAAAGGCUGGCGACGACAUCCUGGUGCUGAACGUUGCUCCCAUUGUGUAUUGGACCCGCUACAUGGUUUUGUGCACCGUGUUUAGCCGCCCGCAGCUCAACGCCGUGCUGGGCAAGAUGGAGAAGGAGGCGACCGAGGUGUACAGCAGGGCGCUGAGCCACAGCCCGCAGGCCGGGCCAGGCGGGUGGGAGCUGCUGGACUAUGGCGACGUGGUUGUGCAUGUUAUGACAGCAGAGCAGAGAGAGUUUUACGAUCUCGAAACGUUUUAUGGCGCCGCAGAGGAGGUGGAGCUGCCCUUUGAUACCAGCGAGGCCAUGAGCGACGCCGCUAGCUGGUCCAAGAAGAUGUGA